UGUCGUUUACCACUUACGAACUUACGUAGAUUUAUACACAGCUAUACAAUCGAUUUUUAAUAUUAUAAUAUAAUUGUUGUACCAACAUACAUAGCAAUAGUUGAAUGCGUAAUGUUUGUAAUUUAAUAUGUAUACUGAACACAUUGCGUUGGACAAUCGUUAAAUAAUCGCUUAAGAGAUUAUGCAUUUAUUGUGAACAAUUAAUUUCAUAAAGAAAAAUUGCAUUUGUGAGAUUAAGGUAAACUCAAGAACUUAAUAGUAUUUUGAGAAGAGAAAACUUGCUAAACUUAGGCAUUGUUGGUUUAUACAAAAUAUACAAUGUUUGAUCUAAUCAAGCUGGCCUUUAUGGCUUGCAAUGACGAUGCAAAAGAAUGGUAUAACACUGUUCCCAGGAACAUCGUUAAAGUUGAUGUGAAAAAUUGUUGUAUAGAACUAAAGAAUGUUAUGGUAGAAAACCAUAUAAAUCCAUCAAAUACUGAAUUGUGUGCGGAUGCAGCAUUCAAUGGCCAUUAUGAUUGUUUAUCAUUUGCUCAUCGUUUAGGAUUUUUAUGGAAUGAAACAACAUGUGUGAGCGCUGCAUGUAACGGCCAAUUGGAUUGUUUGAAAUAUGCGGUUGAAAAUGGAUGUCCUGUUACCAAAGACGCAAUGAACAUUUCUGCAAAAAAAGGUUAUUUAGACUGUUUAAAAUACCUACAUACCAAGGAUGUAAUGUGGGACGAAUUUACAUGUUGUUAUGCGGCAGAAAACGGUCAUAUUGACUGUUUGAGAUAUCUUCAUGAAAAUGGGUGUCCAUGGAACGAACACGUAAGCUAUUGUGUUGCAUUGAAUGGUCAUCUUGAAUGCUUGAUAUACUCCCAUGAACAUGGAUGUCCAUGGAACGACCUAGUUACCUGCUUCACUGCAAUAAAGGGAUGUUUAAGCUGCAUGAUAUAUGCACAUGAAAACGAUUGUCCAUGGCAUGAAGAUACAGCCUUCUUCGCAGGAUUGGGAGGACACAUAGAUUGUUUAACAUAUGCCAUAGAAAAUGGUUGUGAGGUGAAUGACAAAAUACAUGAAAUGUUGUCUACAUUUGAUACAAAAUAACAAUUAAAUUAUCAGCUGAAGAAUAAUAUUAUAUUAAUUCCAACAGAUGACAGAUGUAUCUCAGAUCAGAAACAAUUAAGUUAUUUGUCUUCAAAAGAUUAUUUAAUUUUCGCCAUGUAUAUAGUUAGCUUAGUUAUAAGAAGAUGAAAGUGUUUAUAUUGUUAUCAUGUUAAAUUAACUUCUUAUUUGUUCCUAAUGGCAUUUACUUAUUAAAGUUUCUAUUCAUAUUUUU